AUGGCUGUGAUCAACGCACAAGUCAGUGAGCUCAUCAGGAGUCUGCGUAAGAAAGGCUGGACGACUAGCGUUAUCGCCAAACACUUGGCCACAACUGGAAUAAGAGCUUCCUUGCGAACUAUCCAGCGUCAUUGCCUAUGUGCUGUUGUGGGGAAGAAGAAGGGGCGCAAGCCACGUAAAUUGACAAGUCAGGUGAUGGAAAUAAUAGACUCCAUCCUGAGAGCAGACGAUGAACUACCAGCAAGAAAAGUAAAAGAGCUUCUCCAAAGCAGGCACAACAUAACGAUCGGCUUACACUCGGUGCGAAAGGCAGUCCGGACUCUUGGCUGGAACUUUGGAAAGCCCAGAUUCGUUCCAAUGACCAGAGGAAAAAACAAAGAUUUGCGUCCGAGCCCCAGAGUGCUGCUUGACAGCCAGCCAAUCAUCAGAGCGCCAUCCACAGGGGAGGAGGUCACGAGGAGUGAAGCUUUCUGGAGUGAAGACGACCUGCAGGAUGUGGAGCUACGUGAUCGGGAGAGCAAAGAAGCCUGA